AUGAAUGUUUAUAAGCCUGAUUCAAGUGAAAGUAAUAUAAUAGAUGAUGGUCCUCCUAUAGAAACGUUUAAAUCACGAAUUGAUAAGUUUUUAAUCAACGAAUUCAUUGAAAUAACACAAGGCCAUUCAAAUUCCGACAGACCGCGUGUUAGAGACAGCAUAAGACGAUUGAAAUUGAAAUUACAAGACAAUCCCGAGGUGGAAUUGGAUUAUGAAUUAUUCGAGAAAUACGAUAUUAUGAAUAUUUUAUUUUAUUAUAUGACUUUACCAUUAACAAACUCUAAAGAGAACGCCAAUGAAUACAAAAGUAUGAAAGAAGUUCAAGACGAAGCAACCAAGACGAUAUCUUAUAUAUUUGAGUAUCAAUCCAUUGAAAACUUCGAAGAUUUCUUAGAUUCAUUCGAUUUUAAGGAAAGAAUUUCACAUCUGUUAUCAAUGCAAACUGUUACGUUCGCUGAAAUUGCACUACGACUUUUAAAUUCGCUUCUUAACAAUAAAUAUCCAAAUAUUGAACUGUACAUAUUCGACAUCAUGAACCUUGAACAGCUAUUCAAUUAUACAGUAGAAUUGUUGAAAAAUCUCGAAGAACGAGAAGAAGAAAAUAAGAAAAAAAAGGAAGACGAAGAUACUGUGGUUGUUGAUUCUGCAUCUGAAUUUUUAUUUCAAUAUGGUCUCUUAUACUAUUUAGUAUCACGGCGAACACUCGAUAACGAAUACUUUGUUAAAUAUUUGCUAAAUUAUACAUUUGAAUCUCAUGCUUUCUUAAAUAAAAAAUAUCCUUAUGGAGAUUCUUAUCUUCUAUGGGUAUUAAUCGAUUCUGUCCAGAAAUAUCCAGAACUUGUUAUGCCAAGAACAGCAACUCCAAAAUUUAUGGGAGAUCUUUACGAAUAUUGCAAAUCUCCAUUUGCUUAUGCAGUGAGAGCAUCUAUAGUACUCCUGUAUUAUAUGUUUAAGCAUAAUUUGGAUCCAAGAUUACUUGAUACGAAAAUAUUUUUAGAAUUAUUAGAGAAGAGAAUAUCUGGCAAAGAGGUUUUACAACCAUUUUUCAUAUGCCUCAAAGAUGUUAUUGAAAACAUUGGAGUUUCCCAUGAUUUUUUGGUUCGAUUGGUUUAUUUAUUAAAUAUUUACUUGGAUGAGAUCAAUUAUACUACAAUUUGCUUGAUAAUACCAGUAAUAAUAUCAAUAGUCAAUACUGGUAUUCUAAAUCUUGAUGAAUUACUUGAUUCCAACAAAUUAAAUUUGUUUGAUUGGAUAGAGAAGUAUGGAGAUUCGGAAGACGCAGAAUUUAUGAAUGGGUGCAUGAAAUGCAUUGAAUAUGUGUUUGGAUUAGCAGAGAAAAAUAAUGUCCUGGAAGAAGUCAAAAAUUUAUUCAUAGAUCAAGGAUUGGAUGAUGUAUUUGACACUAUGGAAGAAACAUAUAAUAAUGAUGAGUUUUCCACUCGACUUGAUAUAUUCAAAUCAACUUAUUUUCCAGAAUAA